AUGGCGCGCGGAGCAUUAAAAGCACCGUAUACGGCCUCAUCGGCCAAACCAUACGCUACCAAGAAAUCUAAGCCCAAGUCGAAAAACCGUCCCCAGGCUGGGGCCGCCACUGGAGCUCGACCCGCUCGUCCCCCUGCCCAGUCGACCCUGCCCGAACCAGACGACGCCUACACCUACCUCCCCUCCCUUCCUAAACGCCACCGAACAUCUACCGUCCAGCUCUCGCUUACCAAGGAUGAGGCUAUUGCGUCUGCCGGGCCAAGCAGGCGCCGUCUCCAGCCGGGAGAGGAGGAAGAUCCCGAGGAUGAUGAUAUGGAGGCGAGGAUCAGAAAGUUGGCGAUGCAGAUUGCGGACGAUGGGGAGGAGGGCGGCGUAGUAGAGAGUGAUGAGAGCGAUGUGGAUAGUGAUGAGGCGUGGGAGGAGGGAGGGAGCGAUGAGGAGAGAUGGGGAGAUGUGUUUAGGGAUUUGGAGCAGGGGAAGAAGGGGGGAAAGAAGGGGAAGGAGGUGGUGAAGAAGCCUGCUAAGCCUUUCACCGUCAACCUGGACGAGAGUGAAGACGAGGCUGUCCCGGCGAACAGUCGUAAGGCCGCUGCGGAGGCUAGCGAUGAUGACGAGGAGAGCGAGGAGGAUGCUGCCUCGGACGAGGGGGAGGAUGAUGAAGAAGAUGACGAUAUGGACGAGGAGGAAGACAAGGUCUCGCUGGCCCAGCUCGACGAUGAGGAGGACGAUGACGAAGAGGAGGACGAUGAUGAGGACGAAGACGAUCUCGCCGAGCCGGACCUCCCCUCGGAUCUCUCGGAUGACGAGGACGAUGCGGAGCUAGACGACCUCGACGCCUUCGUCGAUCAGCUCGCGAAUCAGGAUGCCAAGAAGCGCAAAGUGGAGUUUGAGGAUGAGAAGCCCGUAGAGGGGAAGAAGAGGCGGGUCUUGCCUGUUGCUUCGGGGCCGGCUGUAGGCGAUGGCGAGCAGACUUUGCGCAGCGAUGGCAAGCUUGACAUCUCCACCCUCCUCGCCUCCCACCCUUCCCUCGCUUCCGCGCGCGCCCUCCUUCCCUCUCAAUCCCGCCCCGGCGCCGAGGCCAGCAAAUCCGUCCUCAAAUCCGGCGUCCUCUCCGCGCCUCUCCCCACUGUCGUGCAAGAACGUCUCUCCCGCGAGGCAGCAUACGAAAAGACGCGGGACGAAGGCCAGAAAUGGUCUGGCGUCAUGAAGCGUGUCCGGGAGGCGGAGCAUCUCUCUUUCCCCCUCCAAAACACGAGCGGCGUGGAGCGCGGGUCGCUCAAGACCGGUGGAGAGAUGCUCGCCACCUUCAAGCCGCAGAACGAGAUGGAGAGCGCGGUCCAGAAGUUGUUGGAUUCGGCCAAUCUGACCGAAAAGGGGAUGACGGAGCUGGAGGAUCAGCAACUCCAGGGCCAGGAUCUUUCGGUGGAGGAGAUAGCGGCUCGUCGGGCGGAAUUGAGGAGGCAGAGGGAGUUGAUGUUUCGGGCGGAAAAUCGGGCGAAGCGUGUUGCGAAGAUCAAGAGCAAGACGUUUAGGAAGUUGGCGCGGCGGCGGGCGGAGAAGGAGGGUUUGUCGGUAGAGGAUAUGGAGCGGUUGGAGCCGGGGACGAUGGAGCGCGAGCGGGAAAAGAUGGAGUUGGAUCGUGCGAGGGAGAGGGCGACACAGCGACAUGGUGCGAAAACCAAGUUUGGGAGGGAGGGGAUGCAGGGCGAUUUUGGGAAUGAGGAUAAGCGGAAGGCUAGGGAGGAGAUGCUGGAUAUGAAGGAGCGGCUCAAGCGGCGGAUCGCUGGACAAGGGUCGGAUGAGAGUGGGAGUGAUGAUGAUGAGGACGAGGAGGAGGGGGAUGGUGGGGAUGAAGAGGGGAUCAAGACGAGGGCGUUUGAUCAGCUCGCUAACCUCGAUAAGGCCCAGGCGGAGGAGGGGCCGAGUAAGGGGUUGAUGGGGAUGAAGUUUAUGCAGAAGGCGAGGGAGAGGGAUAUGGUUCGGGCAAAAGAAGCGGAGGAGGAGGCCAAGAGGGAUAUCAUGCUCUUUGGGCAGGAGGGGCAGGGGAGCGAUGAGGAGGAAGAUGAGGCGCAGGUGCUCAAGCUCGGAGAAGGGAGGAUGGUUUUUGCUGGUCCGACACCUACCACCGGCUCCGCUUCCGGUCCGUCCGUACCUGAACCUACCCAACCCACUCCCACAUCGACCGGCAACAGGCGCUCAGCAUUGACGGCCCCCCGCUCCCCUUCCCCUGAGGUGAACCCCUGGCUCACCGCUCCCACAUCCACCGCCGGACCGUCCCGGAAACGCAACCUCGUCGGGCUCGGUACCGCUGCCGACAAGGCCACCCAGUCACUCAAGAAGGCCAAGCGCAAGGGCACCGCCGUGGACGAUAUGAUCGAAGACGAGCGCGUCGAUAUCGUCCUCGACGAAACGGCCGCGCCCGCCCGCAUCGUCGAGGGCAAAAAGAGCGUGACGUUCGCAGCUGCCAAUGGGAACAAGGUACAGGGAGACCUUAUGCCUUCUCGGCCGGCGAUGUUCAAGCAGCGCGAUCUCGUAGCUGAGGCGUUUGCGGGCGAUGAUGUCGUGGUGGACUUUGCGAAGGAAAAGGCGAGGCAGAUGGAGAUGGACGCGCCAAAGAUUGAGGAUACGUCUUUGAUGGGAUGGGGCUCAUGGGGCGGCAAAGGCCUCAAAAAGCGCAAAACGACCAACCCGCGCUUCCUCCUCAAAACCGCCGGAACAGAAGCUGCCGCUCGAAAAGAUUUCGGCCAGUCCAACGUCAUCAUCUCGGAACGUUCCGAGCGCAAGGCGAAACAGUUCUUACCGAAAGAUUUGCCCUACCCGUACACGUCGGUGGCGCAGUAUCAGGCGAGCUUGGCCCAGCCUGUGGGCGGGGAGUGGAAUAGUCGGACGGCGGUGCAGAGGGAGACGAUGCCUAGGGUUAUCAAGAAGGUGAGUUCUUUCUUGCUUGGUCGCAUCGAGAAGAUUGCAGAUGGGGAUGCGAAUCGGAAUUGUGCUGAUCCGUUCAGCCUGGAGCUAUUAUUGAGCCUGUGCGGAGGUUGUUCUGAGUGA